GAAAGUAAACGUACACGUAACAGGUCACACCGCAGAGUUCGGUCAGUCAGCGUCUGGUACAGCAGCAGAAGUGUUCCUGACUGUGGAGGGGCGCGCACUGUAACUGAACAUGGCCCUCAUUGGUACCCUCUUCUUUAUUUUCACUGCGACAUGUGUCGGUGCACAGAACGUUUUUGCAACCAUGCAACACAUUGCUGAAAGCUUCGGCAAGCAUGGCCAGCAGUCACUGCUGGAGUGUGUCGUCCAACCCACAGAAGAGGCAGCGGGCUUAGAAAUCAAAAUCGUCUCUUGGAAGAAAGAGGGGGUGAAGAAGCCCUUACUGGUUUUUCCUAAGAGUGAGAAUACGACACUGCCGACAGGCUACAUGUUUGCUGAGCCGUCCUGGAACAAGAAGAACAUGAACGUGUCCCUUCUCAUCACCAACACUACAAUGGCACAUGCUGGAGUUUACACAUGCUGGGUGAAAAUAAACAACGCCGAUGUUUCUACGACCACCAACCUCAAAGUCACAGCCAAAUACAGUAAACCAAUUAUACGCUCCGUCCCUGAGAAGAUUCCCCAAAACACAGAUGUUGCCCUGAUAUGUGACUCGGACGGUGGCUACCCAAAAGGUGCGAUUCACUGGAUCGUUGAGCACGACACGGAGUGGACCAAAAGCUCUGAGAUGAAGGCGGAGCCAGGCCCGAGUGGUCUGUUUCACCUCUCCAGCAAGCUGACUCUGCUGCGAGGAUCCAUCUUCUCCAAGUAUACCUGCGUGGUGGUCAAUGCCAGUGGCGGCAUAGAGGAGGAGACCGUAUUUGUAAUAGAAGACGAACCAAGACCAGACGUUCGUGCAGGCCAAGGAGGGGAAAAGUCUGAUUCAACCUCGAAAAUCGUCGCUCCUGUGGUGGUGAUCGGAUCGCUGAUCAUUGGAUUGAUGAUUUUGCUCCUUUAUCGACGGCGACGUCAGAAUGGCCAUUUGACAAGCAAUUCAAGCGAGGAGGAGGAGGAGGAGGGUCUGCGUAAUAAAGACGACGGGAGCUCCCAUGUGUGAGGAGAAACGUCAUGUCACAUGAAUGUACAAACUUACUGUCAACCUCUAAAAUCAUCACUUCCUUGUGUGCUCCACUUCACAAUAUAACCAGGGAUAACUUGUAUUAUUACUCUGAUUCAUCAAAGGACAUGUACCACCUUUAUUUACCCACUCCUACUCCUCCUUAAGUUGACACUUUUCAAAUCAAGUCUGAAUCUAAUACAGGAGUGCAAAUGUCAGACAAAUAGAAGUCAGGGAGUUGUGUUCAGGGUGUGACGACCACAUAAGGAACAAGAGCGAUAUAAUAAUGCGAGGGCGUUGGACAUCUGAGUCAGUGCUGGUCAUUGACUGGAAAAAGAUAGUAUAGAUCCAUCUUUGUUUAGGCUGAGCAGAAGCUGUGGGAAUAUGUGGAUUGGCCCCGAUGCCAUUUCUUCUCACUUUCUCUCCCUCUUUAUUAGUGUUCUAUUGAUAGAGGCACUGUGUGUGUGUAUUUGUGCGCGGGCGUGCACAUGUGUAUCUAUAGGUGUGAGGGCCAAUUUUGGUUCAAUACUAUCAUUGUGAGGACAUUUUGGCUGGUCCUCACAAAUUCAAUGGGCUGUUUGAGGGUUAAGAUUUGGUUUUAGGGUUAGGGUUGGAAUUAGGUUUAGGUUAAAGCAUCUAGUUGUGAUGGAUAAGGGUCUAGGGAAUGCAUUAUGUCAGUGAGUGUCCUAACAAGUAUAAAGAGACGUGCGUGUGUGUUAUGUCAAAAUGAAACUAAUGCAGCUUGCUGUUGUGGUUGAACAGAUUUUGACUUUUGCUUUUAUUUUACACAUGCACCGUAUUUCUUUCUCACCGACAGCAAAUCUCACAAAUCACACAAAAAAAUAACACUGUGUUAGUAAAGCUGUUUUCAGACAUAAACUUCAGCAAAUUAAUUUGUAUUUCACAUAUGAAGAACGCAGUAGGAGAGUCAGAAGCAUUUUCCAGAACAGGAUAAUGUGCAGGACAUAACCUAACCCUAACCCUGGCAUCGACUCUUAUGACCAAAAGCUGUGUCUUCUUCUUCACCCUGAAAUAUUUUAUAUAUCUUUUUUUUUUUUCAGUUUUGCGUCCGUCGCAUGUACGGAACGUCAUCAACCAGUAAAUUACCAGUAAAUCCUUCCAGCUAGCACGGAAAGGUUCUGGAAAAAAUGUCAGGGGCAAAUGACUAAGAUAUUUGCGUUGUUGCAUACAGCCCCUGUGGAAAGUUUCAGGAGAAUGUUAGGACUUGUUAGUUCAUGUCUGAAACCGCACUCCUGCUGAUAAUAUCAAACCAAAGCUUCAGCAAUCAUUAUUAUGCACGAGGCAGGACAGACUCAAAAUGAAGAAUCACAAGAAAUUAUUACUCUUAAAUGACCUAUUUUAAGAUUAAGAUUUUUUUUUAAAUAUGUAGCAUAUACCUGUAUAUAGAAAUGUAUUACAAGUGUUGAGGUCUUUGGUCUGUUGGAUUUUAAUCGAAUGUUACUGAGAAAAUUCAACACUUGCAAAUUUCAUAUCCUCAUUCUAGCCACUGAGAAAGUACCGGUUGUACUUCCAAGAGUGUCACAUGAUCUCACUGGCUAAUGCGGGAUAUUAAAUGCUGUGUUUGUUUUUGAUGAACUGCGAUGUGUGCUCAUUCGACAUGUGGCAGUAAUUGGCAGCUUAGCUUCACCCUCUCAGACAAGUCUUCACUUUCAUUAUUAUCUCUAUCUGACGGCAGAUCAGGUCGUCCAUAUCUUAAGGAUUUUGUGAAUAAUUUUGGCCUAAGGUGUAGCAGGGCACAAGGAAGCCGUAUUCUAGGUGUGUACUAAAACAACCUGUGACUUAUCUUGAUGCUUUGGGUCAAUCAUUAACUUGUAGGAGAGAAAAACAGGAUCUGUAUGAACUUUGGAUAUCUCUUCAACUUUUAUGUUCUGGCAAUUUGAAAACCAUAACAUGAGCCUGCGAGAACUGUUUUGUAUAUACUGUAAUGUUUUUGUCUGUAAUCAAAUUGCCAUGCUGUGUGGAUGCAGAUUGCGUGUCAGGGUAAAAAUGAAAGCUGUCAUAGGACUGUGUACUUUUUGUUGUGAUUAACAUGAACUGUAGGAGCUGUGAUCUGUUAAUGUGAUCAAAAUAAACACUGAAUGGAAAAAUG